AUGCUGCCAGGCAACAGCUCACUUAAAGUAGGCAGAAAUGCCAUGGAGAAAAAGCGAAGAAUGCAUAUGAAUCAUCUUUUUUCCAUCCUCUCCUCUCUUAUCUUUACCCAAACAUCCAAGGUCUCAUUGCCUGUUUUGUUGGAGCAAGCGACUAACUAUAUAAAAGGAUUGAAGGAAAGCAUAGAAGAACUGCAGAGAAGGAAGGAACAACUCAAGGGUGAUCAGAGUAUGAAUAAAAAUAACAUCGAAAGCUCGCCAAUAACGUUGCCGGUACUUGCACUUGAAGAAAUGGGCUCAACUUUGAUGGUGAAAUUGAUUGCUGGUUUGGACAAAAAUUUCAUGUUGCACCAAGUUCCAUCUGUUCUUGAAGAAGAAAGUGUUGAAGUUGUGAGUACAAGCUACUCUACUAUUGGUGACAAGAUCUUAUAUACAAUCCAUUCACAGGCUAUUUGGUCAAGAAUUGGCAUAGAAACUUCACGAGUGCAAGAAAGACUAAACAAACUUUUAACCAUGUAA